AUGGCUCUUCCAAGACUAAGGGUGAACGCAAGCAACGAGGAACGCCUUGUGCAUCCGAAUCAUAUGGUGUACCGAAAGAUGGAGAUGCUCGUCAACCAAAUGCUCGACGCGGAAGCCGGCGUUCCGAUUAAGACCGUCAAGAGCUUUCUGUCCAAAGUUCCAUCAGUGUUUACGGGGCAAGAUCUGAUAGGAUGGAUUAUGAAGAACCUGGACAUGACGGAUCUUUCCGAUGCACUUCAUCUUGCUCAUCUGAUAGCAUCUCAUGGGUAUCUGUUUCAAAUCGACGAUCACGUGUUGACGGUUAAAAACGAUGGAACUUUCUAUCGGUUUCAAACGCCCUACUUUUGGCCAUCGAAUUGUUGGGACCCGGAAAACACUGACUACGCGGUGUACCUGUGUAAACGGACGAUGCAAAACAAGGCGCAUCUGGAGCUUGAAGACUUUGAAGCUGAAAAUCUGGCCAAACUUCAGAAGAUGUUCUCUCGGAAAUGGGAAUUCGUCUUCAUGCAAGCUGAGGCUCAAUACAAGGUGGACAAAAAGCGAGAUCGUCAGGAGCGUCAGAUUCUCGACAGUCAGGAGCGAGCGUUCUGGGAUGUACACCGUCCGGUUCCGGGGUGUGUCAACACGACGGAGGUUGACUUUCGGAAGCUCUCUCGGUCUGGUCGACCAAAGUACAGUAGUGGCGGGCAUGCGGCUUUGGCUGCUUCCACGUCGGGCAUUGGUUGCACCCAAUACUCGCAAAGCGUCGCGGCUGCCCAUGCAAGUCUUCCAUCAACAUCGAAUGGAAGUGCCACGUCACCGAGGAAAAACGACCAAGAGCCGUCAACAUCGAGUGCCGCUGGAGGAGACUCUCCAUCAACGUCUGCAGCGACGGCAACGACCUCGGCUCCGUCAACGUCAACGCCUCCAGUAACGUCGAUAGCUUCGACGAGCAAUGCGGGAUCCUUCCGAAAUAACUAUUACGCACGACCAGGAUUGCGGCGUUGUACACAAGUACAAGACACGCUGAAACUGGAAAUCUGUCAACUGAAUAGCAGGUUAUCAAAGAACGUGUUGCGGACUUCGAAAGUUGUGGAGAACUAUCUUGCCUACUAUGAACAACGCCGUGUCUUUGAUCCUCUGCUAACACCUCCAGGGUCACAAGCGGAUCCAUUCCAAUCUCAACCAAAUCCAUGGAUCAAUGAUACAGUAGACUUCUGGCAGCAUGACAAGAUUACGGGAGACAUCCAAACUCGUCGGCUCAAGCUUUGGGAAGACAGUUUCGAAGAGUUGCUUGCUGACUCUUUGGGUCGUGAGACUCUUCAGAAGUUCCUCGACAAGGAAUAUUCUGGAGAGAACUUGCGAUUCUGGUGGGAGGUUCAGAAGUUGCGUAAAUGCAGCUCUCGUAUGGUUCCGGUGAUGGUGACUGAGAUCUACAAUGAGUUCAUCGACACGAAUGCUGCCACGUCUCCAGUCAAUGUUGAUUGUAAAGUGAUGGAAGUUACCGAGGAUAACUUGAAAAAUCCCAACAGAUGGAGCUUCGAUGAAGCAGCGGAUCAUAUCUACUGUCUCAUGAAGAAUGACAGUUACCAACGUUUCCUUCGUUCGGAAAUCUACAGAGAUCUCGUGUCAACAUCAAGAAAGAAGGUAAGUCCGUGUGCCGCCUGUUGA